AUGAUGGAUUCGCCUGGUCAAAUUAGCCUUCUGGCUGUCAUCGCGAUCCUCACGGCAUUCAUAUGGCGCUGGGUCCUUGGAGGUUGCGCACGAUUGAUACCAGAGGACGCGCAUGUGAAUAAGGAGAUACCUAUGAGCAAAAAAUCACCGAAAGAUUGCGACACAUUCCGGGUUGUUGGUGUGCCCGUUGACUGGGAUCUAGAGCAACUAGGGUCCUUCCUCGUAGAGAGGAAGAGCUCCAUCCCGACUAUCAAGUCCCUCGCUCAAGAAAUCGACAACCGCUCCCGGACGGCUACAGUGAUCUUCCAGGACAUCCUGCUUUCCCCGAAAAGUCGCCGGAGGGAGCGGAUAUUAUUGCCCAAGCCUACAGAUGACCAAAUCACCGGCGACCAAUACUUAAUACUUGACAAGGCCUUUCUUGGUAUCACUACGCUCUAUACGCCGCCAACUGAUGCCCACAAAAUCGAUGUUAUUGCAUUAUCAGGUCUUGGCGGCCAUGCUUUCGGGUCGUUCAAAGAGAGAGGCGGGGAUUAUAUAUGGUUGCGCGAUUCUCUCCCCCAUAAUAUCACCUGUGAGGAGACUGGUCAGCCCAUGGCGCGGGUCAUGAUCUAUAGAUAUAAAUCAGGUAUCGCGGAGAGCGAGAACAUACAAAACAUAGAGGAUCUCGCCACCACGUUUCACAGCAGUCUCCAUACGCUAGCAACUGCUCCAUUGAUAAGACCCAUUAUCCUCAUCACCCAUAGCCUGGGCGGUCUAAUCGUAAAACAGUGGCUGAUGGUAAUCGACAACGCUGAUGAGAUGGAGUUAUUCUUCCAGGAUCAACUGGAGGAAGGGUCAUUAAAAACAAACACGGCAGAAACGCACACAGAUUAUGGUCUUGCUCGCUAUAUCCCAGAGUGCAAGCACGGAUCAGUCAUCGUUACAACUAGGAAUAAGAAGACGGGGUCACGGCUAGCCCGAGGAAAGCUUCCAAUUGAGGUCGGCAACAUAAACGACGAUAAAGCACACUCGCUACUAUAUGCAAUCCUAGAGGACGAGGAGAUUUCGGCAGAUGAGACAUCUCUACUCUCCUCCAGGCUUGAACAUUUGCCACUCGCUCUUGUGCAGGCGGCAGCAUUCAUCCAAGAGAACGGAAUUCCUUUGAGUGAAUAUAUCCAGCUCUUAGACGAGAGCGACUCAGCCUUUGUUAACCGUCUAAGUGAACCAUUCGAAACAGUCGGGAGAGAUUCAAAGACACCACAUGCGGUCACGGCAACGUGGAUCAUAUCGUUUAAUCAGAUCCAGCGAAGAAAUCCGCUCGAGAGUGAUAUUCUUUCUUUUAUAAGCUUCUUUCACUGGCAAGCGAUUCCAAGGGAAUUUGUCGAGGACUACUGUAGCCGCAGGCAGCCCAAAGAUGGAGAUCCCACCGCAUCAGCAGCACUUACGAAGGCCCUUGGCACUCUGAAGGCUUUUUGCUUCAUCUCGGAGGAUAAAGGUCGGAACUUGAACAUGCACCGGCUGUUUGAGACCCGCGACAAAUGCCUGAGAUUGCUACCUCAUGCGCAUGCCGUACUAGAACACAAUACAGAAAGUAAGAAGGAUGAAAAGAUCGCAAGGGCCAAACUGUUGCAUUGUAUGGGAGGGUAUUUUAUGCAUCGAGGGCAAUGGGCUACAGCAGAGCAGCAUCAAAUUGAGGCUGCUAAGAUAUUUGAGGAAGAGGAAGGUGAAGGGCAUGCUAGUAUAGGGAAUCUUGCAUUCAUAUAUAGGAAUCAAGGCCGGUGGGAGGAGGCCGAGAAGCUCGAGAUACAGGUGAUAAAGACUCGAAAGACCAAGCUUGGAGCAGACCAUCCCUCUACACUGACGAGUCUGGCCAAUCUUGCAUCAACGUCAUGGAAUCAAGGCCGGUGGGAGGAGGCAGAGAAGCUUGAGGUGCAGGUGGUGGAGACUCUUCAGACGAAGCUUGGAGCAGACCAUCCCGAUACACUGAUGAGUAUGGGCAAUCUAGCAUCAACAUAUUGGAGUCAAGGCCGGUGGGAAGAGGCAGAGAAGCUUGAGGUGCAGGUGAUGGAGACUCGUAAGAUAAAGCUUGGAGCAGACCAUCCCGAUACACUGACGAGCAUAAAUAACUUGGCUCAUACUUGGAACUCUAUGGAUAAGAAAACUGAAGCUAUGGACUUAAUGCAAACGUGCGUUCGCCUCAGGAAGAUGAAAUUAGGAGUGGAUCAUCCACAUACGCGAUCAUCAGUUUUAGCUCUAGAUAGUUGA